CCUAGCUGAAUGUAGGAGCCGACUCAGAUCAGAGCCCCAUCGUAGCCGACUGAAAUGUCGUGCUUCUUAACAGAACUCUGUAAAAGCCUGCUGCUCAUAUUUCUCUCAGAACAUGUUUCACUGUCCACCAGAUUCUCUCUCUCUCUCUCUCUCUCUCUGUGUCUCUACAUCCCCCUUCAUCUUAAAAGCUCUUGGCUUCCUUGUCAUCUCGUCAAAAAAUUGAAAAACCUUUCUCCUUCCUCCUCAAACACUGCAACAUCCACAACCAUCAAAGGUUGAAGAAAACAACACGAGAAAACAACAGAAAUGCCAUCUGAUUGUGGCGAAAACCGGCGUAUAGUUAAGGUUAACAACAACCAGGGACCUCCUCCGCCCGAACAAGAGCAUCUUCCAUGUCCCCGAUGCGACUCCACCAACACGAAGUUCUGCUACUACAACAACUACAACUUCUCCCAGCCACGUCAUUUCUGCAAGUCUUGCCGUCGCUACUGGACCCAAGGUGGUACUCUUCGGGACAUCCCUAUCGGCGGUGGAACCCGCAAGAAUGCCAAGCGUUCUCGCACUACCACCGCAGUCUCCGCCACAACCAAUGCUGCCGCAGCGGGGACUCAAGGCCUCCCAUUACCCGGCACCUCAAUCUUGAUGCCGUUAGCAGCGGGGACUCAAGGCGCAGCGGUGCAAUUCGGUGGUGGUGAGGUGAAAGGUAAUGGGAGUCUUUGUGGGAGUUUUACUUCUCUGUUGAACACGCAAGGACCUGGGUUACUGGGUCUGAGUGGGUUUGGACUAGGGUUUGAAGAUAUUGGGUUUGGGCUUGGGCGAGGUGUGUGGUCUUUUCCGGCAGUUGGAGAUGGAGGUGGUGCUAUUGGGAGUAAUAGUGCAGCUGCAACUGCGAUGAGCAACACGUGGCACUUUGAAAGUUCUGAUGGAGGAUUCGUUAAUGGAGAUUGCUUUCCAUGGCCAGAUCUUGCAAUUUCGACCCCUGGGAAUUCACUCAAGUGAUUUUACCUUCUGUACUUUAUGGUUUUAUUUUUGGGCUUCAUUUUUUUUUUCUUUUCUGGUGUCUUGUUUUAGUGGUGGCUCCAUCAAGUUACUGUGUGAAAACCUAAAAGCUAUAUGAAAGUAGAAAGAAAAAUG